AUGGGAUCAAAUUUCAAGAAGAUUGAGCUCUUUUGGCCUCACAGUUUACUGAAGGUAGACGCGGCAUAUGUAAUUAUCAAGUCACAGUUUGAGGCUCAUUUUAUUUUUUGCUCUACUAAGUCUCAUCUUAAGUGCAAAAUUUAACCUUUAAAAUUGAGAAAGAAGGAGGGCAAUACGUUGAUUUGAUGACAAUAUAUUUAAUGGUGAUGUUAAUAAUAACAAUAAUGAUGACGAGCAGACAUUCUUCAAAUGGCGGUUGUCAUCCGUCAAGGUCAAGAGAGGAUAAAGGGGACAGAGAAGGCAUCCCCCAUACACACCCUAUUCCAUAGGUAAUUCGUCUCGAGUUAUUUUUAGAAUCGGGAUAAAGUUACCUCGCGCGCUGCGUGGAUGUUUCGUGGAGGUUUCGCACGACUAAACGCCGUGUAAAACAUGUCGGGCGAAAGGCAAUGAAAGCGUAAAGAGAUCGAGAGCAAUAUUGAAGCGAAAUGAGUCGGCGCUCACCUGGGAAAUGGGAAUCGCUGGACUCUUUGACAACCCGUGAAAUCAGUUUAACUCCAAGUAGUGGUAACCUCAGUGCUUUAAUGAAAUGAGAAAUUUCGCCGGUCUAUUGAAACCGGUCGUUUGUACAAUAAAGCAAGAAGGACGCCAAGGACAGGACACCUUUUCUGGUCCUGCCCCAAAACGGCGCUCUUCUGGGAGAGCAUCAUAACGCGAUUAAAACUUUGCCAAAUUAUUCCCGAUAGUUACUCUGCAGACAUGACUGUUUCACUAGGCCUGAGAUCAGACUCUUCUAAACUUCAACGCCAGAUCAACUUUUGUUUUCUUAUUGCCAGGCACUAUAUCUGGCUCUGCAAAACAAAAGAAGCUAUACCUCUAUUGCAAGGAUUUCUCAAACACCUAAAGACAAUUUACAACAUACAAGCACAAGCAGAAGCAAACAAUGUUCUGCCCAAACAAUGGUCAUUCCUACACGACAUCACGUAGAAACUAUCGUUUCUACCAUGGCGCUAUUCCCAACGCCCCCUGAUAUUCUCUAUGUCUUUCAUCCGUAGCUUAUCCUGCCUCAAUAACGCCAACUAUCCUUAAAUAAGUUUCUUCCGAUGCAACUGUGUACUUGAAGCAUACGAAAUGUAAUAAUGUUUGAAAACAGUAGUAUUGUUAGCAAUGUAAGCAAUAAGUAUUGUCAGUAUUGUAAGUAUGGUAUGAAUGUUGUAAAUAAUGUAAGCAGUGUAAGCAGUGUUCAAUAUUUUAAUUAUUGGGUUAAGUAAAGCAAAUAAAAAAAAAAAUAAAAAAAAUAAAAAAAAAAAAAAAAAAAAAAAAAAGAAGGACGCCAAGUGUUAUUUUUGUUGAAUAAUAAAAGCUAAUAAAAGAAUAAAUAUCAAACCAUAAAUUGCUCUCUUCAAACUGUAAAUUAUAAAUGAUCCUGAGAGAAUAAUUAUUCAGUGUGUUAAGGAUUUCCCUGCUGUACUGUUAGCUGUAUAUAUGGGAGAAAGGGCGAUUCUUUUUUAAUUUCCGUUUCGCUGACACAGCUUUAGCAGAAAUCUCUCUGUAGUCGUUUUCGUCGACAAAACGAAUAGCAAUAUCGCUCUCCGCGUCUUCCGCCAUUUUGUUCUGCGUCAAUUCGUGAAGGACGCGUGCCUCUGAGCGUGGGUCAUCCACGCGGAACAUAUUCGCGCUAUGUGAUUGGCUGUUGUCUAAUCCCCCUUGAGAUCUGUGGUGUUAAAAAUAACUCGAGACGAAUUACCUGUGGAGUAGGGUGUGUAUGGGGGAUGCCUUCUCUGUCCCCUUUAUCCUCUCUUGGUCAAGGUGUAUUUUUGCUGUUUUGCUAUGUUCUUUUCUUCUUCGCAAAGAGAGUGAAAUUUUCUGCUAUUUCUCCGUCUCUAUCAAAACAGAUGAGCUAACGCAAUCUUGUCCUCAGGUCUUCUUGGCUGCCCUCCCAUUUUCUUGCGUUAUCCUGCACUCUUGAUGUUACUAACCGGAUAACUCAGACGUAUUUCCAAUUUGAUCAACGCUCGCUGGUUGUGAAGAAUUACAGCGAUGCUCCGUCACGCUUGACCAGUAAACUGAACACGUGAUCCGAGUCUUCCAAUAAACGCUCUCCUUUGAGUGGCGUAGCGAAGAUCACAUUGAAACUUUGGAGAUUUCGUUGAAAUGUAGAAUUCCAGGAAAAAAUCUUAAAAUUAGAGAUGGAAAGUUCGAUACUUGUGGAAAUACUGAAGAAAUAGCGACGGAUGUAACCUCUGUUUUAUCGAGUAUUUAUUUAUUAUGGGGAGCUUGAUCUUUAUUCCCUUGUUUACAGUCGAUAAAACCGGCAAGUUUCUCCCAUCGCACACGCCAUCUUUCAACAACCUUUCGCGUAUUUCCCUUCCAAACAUGCUAGGUUUCAUUAGAUUGAACAAUUCUAUGGAUUCUAGAACGUUGUCUGAAAGUUGAGAAGGAUUUCUUCGUCCUUCUUGACUAAGGGGAAAAUAUGUGCCGUACGUUUGAUAAUGACGAAUGAUGCGACACACUCCGCCAUAAGUAACACGAACUGUUGGUGAGAUUUCCUUCGGUCCCUCUCGUACAAAUCAACUAUCCGUCUUCUGAUUUCCGUACUGAGAGGUUUACCUGGCCUGAAUUCUCGAUCUAAAGCGUUACAACCAACAGGUCAGAACAUUGCGAAAGUCCGUGUUUAAGAGGCCCUGCGCCUAAGAAACGACCGAUGAUUUCCGGCUAAAAAAUAAAAUCGGCUGAUUUUUAUCUCCCAAGUAAAGGUUACCGAAUACUAUUCAAAAAUGAAUUUCUUUUGUUUCAGUUUCGCUUUAAACCAAAAAUAUCGAGCCGCAAACUUUUUCCGUCUGAUAGCAGCAAAAUCAGGCCUAAAAUAAGCUCUCGCAAAAAACGGUUCAGAAAUCACUAUCGCGACGCAAAACAACGAGAAAACCACACAGUGAUAAAGAAAAAGGCCUUUUAAUGCAAUAUCAUUCGAUAAACAUCGAAAAACUGCCGAAGGGAAUAAAAAAUAAAUUUUCAAAUAUUGCAUAUUAAAUUAGAUGGAGCGUUGGAGCCGAUUUUAAAAUAAUUAUUUCUCAAAAGUCCAAUGCUGUUGAAAGCAAUCACAGUGAUGAAUGAGACAUUGGAGGGAUAUAGAUUACGAUUCUGGAAAAACAUUUUUCGGACAAAGCAUAUUGACGUUGUACAAAGCGUUCAAAGUUGCAAUGUUUACCGUUAUCUUGCUACUUCGGCGAAACACUUCUCUGUUGCCAAUACGGCCGUGGAUAGCGUGGUAAACGCCACUUUAAUCCUUGCUAGGCGUUCAGAGACCAUCGUAAGUAGAAGGACGUAGAAUUAAAAGAGAAAGGAAGAUGAAAAAUAGGCAAAAGAAGAAAAGAACUCGAAAUUACCAUCUGCUGACGAAACUUGAAUCUGGAAAAUGUCGUCGCGUGACAGCGGCCAAUGACGUCAUUUGUCUAAACUGCGGCUGAAUCUAAACGAAUGCACAACUUUUUCCCGGCCAGAAAGCACUUAGCGAAACAAUGUUACAGUAAUGUUAUUUUUUCACAAGCGAUGGUGACUUCAAAAGAAAAAAUUCCCGAACCGCCGCACCGUUUUGGCCUCAGCGUGAUCUGAUCGUUGUGGGGUCACGUGUCGACGCUUUUGGUCAGCGGUCUAUUGAAAGAAAUCUGAUCCCACGUUUUUUUUUCGGGCUAGAAUCAUUCAUGUCAAUGUCCAAUGUCUUCCUUCAAGGAAAAAAGGAGAGAGAUAUUGGAGUACUGUUGCUCCCGAGAACGAGGAACAUCUUAGUCCCAAAAACUGAGUCCAUUACGCCCAAGAAUUACGGUUUUUUUUUCUCAAAGGACUAUUAUCUGGCGCUUUAAAAUGUAGCUAACAGAUUCAAUUCUUGGCACAAUGAUUAGCCUCGCGUUUAGUAUUUUCUUGGACAUGAAAAUAUCGGGGGUGACGCUAUUCGGUGGAAUGGCGGACUGAAGGAAUGACGGAACGGAAUGAUGGAAUACAGGGAAUAUUCUAAAAUACGGAAUAUACGGAAUACUCUAAAACGCAGAAUAAGAGAAAAAUCGUUUAAAAAGGGUAUACAUGUAUACAGUCGACUCCAAUAACUCGAACCCUCGCUACUGACUCGAACCUCGUGCUGACUCGAAGUAAUCCUAAUUUUUGUUUCUCUUCAGAUCAUUUCUAUAUAAUUUUACCCUCAUUAACUCGAACCAUGUUUUAAGCGCGUGACAAGUAAAAGAAUUGGCUUACCGUAAUGAUUCGAUUUAGCGCCCAGGCGCUUAUUUACUUUUGGUGCCUCUAGGGAGGACGCUUAUUCGGGACAGGGCGCUUAUUUCUUUUUUGAGAAACAGCCAAAUGUUAAAAAAAUAACUUUGAUAUUUAUUUAAAAACGAACAACAUUUGAAACUGUAGCUGUAACAAAUACUGACGGUGAAUGCUCAGUUAACGCGAGGGACUUACCUUGAAACUUGUUGGGCACUUUGUCGAUGGAACUUUCCUUCCUUAUAUUCACCUUUCUUAAAAAAGCUCGCAGUCAAAACAAAGUGCAAGUCGAUUAAGGUAAUGGAUCAAGGAGACUGGAAACGGGCUUGUUGUCCCUGGAUCCUUCCUAGCCAGAACGACCAACCGAGCAAUCUCCACAAAAUUUGAAGAAGAGAUCAUUCCUUUGAAGACUUUGAAGACUCUGGAAAAUCUAAAGCAGGCGACCGGACAAAUUUAGGCACAGUAGCGGCCCCCAUUAAUUGGUAGUACAAUCCUGUCAAGCUUAAGUUUACAAUUCUUUUUUUUUAGAACAGCCGUUUUAUGAAACUUAUCCGACAUUAGAUUCCCGUGAUACCGGACCCUUCACCCGUCAAGAUGGCUUUCAAAACCGUCAUAAGGUCUAUAGUGUGGCUUACGGCAGUACGAAAAUUGAAUUUUUAAUAUUGCCUCUGCUUUUUCGUCCGUCCAGUUCAAAUCAAAUACAGAAUAUUCUGUAAAUUCCGUGUUUUAGAGUAUUACGUAUAUUCCGUAUUUUACAACUGAUUGCAUGUAUUCUGCCAUUCCGCCGAAUAGGGUCACCCAAAUAUUGGGGAGGACAUCAUAAAAAAAUAUAGGAGACCGGUAGGACUUUUAAAUCGAUGAAACUGCCUCACAAAUUUUGCAACUUCAUUUUAUAAUAUGCUUCAUAAUUUGUUUCCACAAUAAUAUUUAUGAUAUUUAGAUGAUAACCAAUGCACAACGCACAACUUGUCACAUUACCGAUUGGACAGCAUACCAUGCACUCAAACUCUUGCGCAGGAAAGUUACAGUAUGAAAUUAUUUUUUGCUGCACUCAGUCACAUUCACGGCUUUACACUGAAACCUUGGCUAGAAGGUCUCUUUUUAGAUCUGUAGAUUUGUAAGGUAUUUCGAAAUAACCACACAUGUCUUUCAACACCAACAUUGAAAGAUGAAAGUUUGUUGCAGUGAUAAUUAUGACAAAGAUUGUAAACAUCAAAUAUAAUUGGAUGUUUUAAGCCCAAAUAUUCUAUCACCUCUUCAACAGCAUGGAGGGGGAAAUGCGCGCUUACGCUUUUUUGCAAGCGGUAUUUCGGUAAUUUGGAUUUUAAAGUGGGGUAUUGCGGUAUCAUUUAUAUUUAGCCCUGCGGUAUGCGGUAUUUCUUCCUUUUGGUUAACGGUAUUCGGUAAAAGAAGAUCACGGUAUUGCGGUACCGUUCAUUGCCCUCUCCUGUUUAAUGCUAGCCUGCGUAGCAGGCACGGUUUAGAUGACCCCCCGCGUGCCUCCCUCGCGCGCGCUCGUUCUCUCUCGUGCCCACUACUUCCAAGCGCCUGCUACGCAGUCUAGUUUAAUGCACGUCAGUAUUUUUAAGACUUUAGAUUAAUGGUAAAUGAUUACCAUUACACAAUUUCUGACAGAUAAUCUGUGAUGAAAUUGGUAGGGUAUCUUUUUCGUUCGUUGUACCGAUCAAUUCGAGGCCGUCUCACGUUUCCUCCCAAAAUUAAAUUAAAUUGAUUAAAUACCGCAAUACCGUGAGAAAAAUUGGUAAAUACCGAAAUACCGUGUCAAAAAUCGACGAAAUACCGAUACCACAUUUAUUGUCGGUAUUGGGUACCUACCAAUGUCCCCCCUAGCAUGGCGCAACUUCGUCACCUUUCUUCAGGUCCGCUGACCCCUACACGCGCUAACCCGUAACGUCCGUUGGAAUGUAUGUAACGAAAUACAAGCAACGCACAUUCAAAGUACUUGGAGACUAGCUGAGGCUGAAUUCAUCAUCAUUAAUAGGAAAAACAUCAAACUGUCUCAUUCACGAUUUCUGGUGAUAAAAAGACUGUUUUUUUUAACUUAUUUUUCACGUAUUUGUUUGGAUCCCGCUGCAGUUCGGACAAAUGAACGCUGUCACGCGACGACAUUUCCAAGAUUCAACUCUCCUUAGCAGAUGGUAAUUUCGAGUUAUUCUCUUUUUCUGCGAAUCUUUCAUUUCCUUUCUCUUUAAAUUCUAUAUACUUCUAUUUAGGAUGGUUUUGAGCGCCUAGCAAGGCUUAAAGUGGCGUUUACCACGCUAUCCUUGGCCAUAUUGGCAACAGAGAAGUGUUUCGCCGAAGUGGCAACUUAACGGUAAAUACGGUAACUUUGAACGGUUUUUACAACGUCAGUAUACUUUGGCCGAAAAAUGUUUUUCCGAAAACGUGAUGUAUAUCCCUCCAAUGUCUGAUUCAUCACUGUGAUUGCUUUCAGCAGCGUUGGACUUUUAAGAAAUUAUUAUUUUAAAAUCAGCUCCAACACUCCAUCUAAUUUAAUAUGCAAUAUUUGAAAAUUUAUUUUUUAUUCCCUUCGGCAGUUUUUCGGUGUUUAUCGAAUGAUAUUGCAUUAAAAGGCCUUUUUCUUCAUCACUGUGUGGUUUUCUCGUUGUUUUGCGUCGCGAUAGUGAUUUCUGAACCGUUUUUUUGCGAGAGCUUAUUUUAGGCCUGAUUUUGCUGCUAUCAGACGGAAAAAGUUUGCGGCUCGAUAUUUUUGGUUUAAAGCGAAACUGAAACAAAAGAAAUUCAUUUUUGAAAAGUAUUCGGUAACCUCUACUUGGGAGAUAAAAAUCGGCCGAUUUUAUUUUUUAGCCGGAAAUCAUCGGUCGUUUCUUAGGCGCAGGGCCUCUUAAAUCCUCAAAUCUUUCGACGGGUUUUGUAAUUUCCUUCCGUAUUUCCCAGAUCACACCAAAACACCCAAAUAUGGUUAACGAAACUUAAAACGUUGUCGGAAUUGUCGGAAUUUACUGGUCACGCGUGACGGAGCAUUGCUGUAAGCAGGGGUUGGAGCCGAUCUGAAACGGAGUAUGAAAUAUUUUGUACAUAUAAUAAUAGCUAUUACGUACUCGGUGACAUAUACAGCGACACAGUUUUAAGCAAACAAUCUGAGACAUGAUUUUAAAAUCAGUCUUAUCACUAAGUUGGUGAGCUCUAUUUGCAUUGAAUGAGGUAAAAAUUUGAAAUUUUUUCUAUUUCAGAAAGGAAUUGUUAUAAUUGACAGUCCUGGAGUUGGCGAGUCUGAUAUUAUGGACGCGACAGUCACACACUAUCUACCCCAAGCGUUUGCUUUUAUCUAUGUCAUUAACAGUGCAAAUGCAGGCGGAAUUCAGAAGGAUAGGGCAAGUAUCGUAUAGUAAACUAUAAUCUUUUAGUAGCUGUUCUUAAAGGGGCUAUUUCAUAAGGAAAUUGCUGUAAAAGGUCAAUUCUGUGCUGAAGUCAUGAACUAAGUGCCUUACUACACACAAAGCCCCCGGGGGGUACUCCUGGGAAUUCUUGGUGGGGGUGUGCCGCCCGGUUCUUCAUAUCCUGACCCGAUUUCAUACCAAAAAAUGUAAUUUUGCACAAUCGUUUUCAGACUAGACCUCGAAUUCUCAUAUUUCUCUUUCUUUUUAACUCAUUUGGAAUUGAAACGAUAAAUACGUUCAUACACUCCGUAGUUCCCUCGAAAAACCAUACCCGAUUCAAGACCAAAAUGUAUACCCGUUUUCAGACCAAAACGGCGCAAAAACUCUACCCGAUGGGGUGGCAGAUACCUAUGUGGCUUAUAUAAGGGAGUACCCCCCCGGGCACAAAAUACUCCUGUUGAGUGUUGAGUAAUGAAAAAGAUAUUAAACAAAUUUCAUUAGAGUCUUAGCACUAACCAUAUUAUGUUUUUGGCAAUUUUGCACUGGAAUAAAACCCUGAGAAAAGCCCAAGUCCAUUCUUGCCUUCCGUAGCAACAGACGACGGGAAACAGUUUCAGUGCAUUCAAGUCAAUUAAUGUGAAAAAAAUAGCAAAUUUGUCUGCGUUAAGUCCAGCCUUCAGUUCAUGCAUAAUUUUUACCUUUUUUGUAGAAAGUCAAAGAUAUCUCGAAAUUCCUCUUACAGAUUUUUGUGAAACAUCGCACAGAAGAAGACAGAAGACAAGCGCCUUUCAUUUAAUCAAAAGCGGUCAGUGGUAAUCAAUUAAAAUGCGCGUAGUAAAGUUGAGCAAAUUCUUAGAAUCCUUGCCGAAAUCCUUUGAUGAUAUAUACAAAUGCUAUUGCAGCUUCAAAAAUUACUGGAGGAGGUUAGAAAAGUCUCACUUCAAUGCCAGGGUGAAGUGCCUGUCGAAUCUGCAUUAUUUGUGUGUAACAAGUGGGACCAAGUCCCGGAGAAGGAGGCAGAUAAGGUCAAGAAUCAUGUGAUCAAAAAACUAUAA